CUGCCGCUGAGGGGCCUCAAUUUAGCGGAGGACUCCGGCUCUCAGAGCGGCGGGAAGGUGGAUCUUCCGGCCGGCCGUACCACUUAGACGUGGAAGUAUGCGAGGGGCAGACAUUACAGGCCUGAAAGAAAGAAAAUGGUUUAGAGUCUCGUUCCAGGAGGAUUCACAACAGGUUGAUAAAUUAGAUGCCUUCAGGGAGAGCUGUAUUUAGAAAAGAAAAAUUUAUCUCCUGCGUAUCACCCCCAAAUUGUGUGGGGGCGAUUUGGGUCCGUGGCUGCUACUGAUUGGCCGAGAUAGAGUUACGCGGACCACUAAGAAAAAGAAAGGAAAUUUGCUGGCCUAUAAGAAGAGACAAGCAGGUGUGUCUUCAGGGUAAAUUCCUAGAAGUGGCAUCAUUGGGCCAGAAGCAAAGAGUGAGAAUUCCUAUUGCUCUGCAGUUUCACCAGCAUGUGGUAUUGUGGGUGUUCUGAAUUUUGGCCAUUUGCAUAGGAGCCCGUACUGGAAACAAGACAUCCCAUGCCAGGGAGCGCUCCUCGGUAAUAAAAACACUUGGUAAAGAAGAGGAAUGAACUAUUGGUCACCCUGCCCCACCCCACCCCUUAUGAGAUGAGUGAUGCCCCAGACCCUGUCAUGGUCCCUGUGGCUGCCGCCCAGGUGAAGCUGGGAGGCUGGAGCCGUCAAGGUGGGGGUGGCGGGUCUCUGCAUUCCUGCCAGUACCAGGAGCUCCAGGUCUUCCUCAGCCUGCUAGAGCACAGUUUGCUCCAGGAAUUCCUCUCCAAAGAUCCCUGUUUUCAGAUUUCAGAUAAGUAUCUCCUGGCCAUGGUGCUGGUCUACUUCCGGCGCGCCAACCUGAAGCUCAGCGAGUACACCCGCAGCAAUUUAUUUUUGGCACUGUACCUUGCAAAUGAUAUGGAGGAGGACCUGGAGGACCCCAAAUGUGUGAUUUUCCCAUGGGCCCUGGGCAAAGAUUGGCGUCAUCAGGUGGUGGACUUCCUGCAUCAGAGGGACAAACUGUGGGCACGGAUGGGCUUCCGGGCUGUGGUGAGCCGCCAGUGCUGUGAGGAGGUCAUGGCCAAGGAGCCAUCCCACUGGGCUUGGACUCGGGAACGGCGCCCCCACCAUGGAGGGGCUCAGAGGAGCUGCCCAAAGGCCCUGGUCCCCCUACCCUGGGGCCCCGGCCUUUGUUCCCUCUGUGCCUUGCCCUCUCCCCAUAGCCACUGCUGCCACCAUCCCCACCCCCUGACUGUCCUAUCUAAGUGCCCUCCCCCAAACACUGAGGGGCAGCACCUUCCCUCCCAAGCUUGUCUCUCAGUGGCUGAGGACCCCUGGGGUGGGGACUUCCUCAUCAUCCUGUCCCCAGAGCUGCAGCUGGAGCCAGGCACCUAAACCUUACACAGUUCCAGACAAACCGUUGGGAUUUCCUAAGUGAUAGGAGGAGUGUCUUGUCAUUCUUAACUAGCCCCUCUGGCCCACAUCGGGAGCAGAGGGGAGCUGGACAUUUGCAGAGUUUCUGGGUCGGUGAACAGAGAUGUGCUGGGAGCGUGGCUGGGCGUUCUACCUCUCCCUCCUAUCCGUUGCCCAUGCGUCUCUUCGGUUUGGCUGCUCCUGAGCUGCAACUUGUACAAUAAACUUGUAGGAGUAAGUAAAGCACUAAUAUCGAAUUAUAAAAAAAAAA